AUGGUAAGAGCAAAUUUGAAAAUAAAUAUAGCAGCUCUUCAGGCCUUUGCUAGUUCUCAGUUACAGUACCCGGUUUCGUACAUGAAAGCAUGGAAGGCCAAACAAAAGGUUAUCGAGAGAUUGUUUGGGACAUUUGAAGCUUCAUACAAUGUCCUCCCUAGAUUGUUGCAAGCAAUACAAGUUUCAAAUCCAGGGUCGGUGGUUAAUUUUAACUAUAAGGACAUUGUCAGCAAUCGGGCUACGUUUGGUCAUGUAUUCUGGGCAUUUUGGCCUUUUAUAGUCGGCUUUCAAUCCUGUCAUCCUUUGAUAAGUAUUGAUGGCACAAAUUUGUAUGGGAAAUACAAAAGCAAAUUGUUGAUCGCGGUUGGGUUUGAUGCAGAUAAUGGUCUUUUUCCGUUGUGCUUUGCUAUCGUAGACGAAGAAAGUGCUGAUAAUUGGGGAUGGUUCAUAGCAUGCAUUCGUUCUUAUGUUCCCGAUCGAAGAGGCAUUUGUGUGUUGUCUGAUCGACACGCUGGUAUUUUGACAGCAAUGCGUGAUGGUUGGCCAGAACCAUUUGCUUAUCACAGGUAUUGCUCGAGACAUUUUGUGAGUAAUUUCAACACCCAUUUUAAAGAUAAAGAUUUGAAACAAGCGGUUGUGACAAUGGCUAAUGAAGAAUCUAAGGAAAAAUUCGACUUUUGGAUGUCGCGUGUUAAGGAUUUGAACAUUGCUGCGUGGGAGUACCUAAAUAGUGCCAAGAAAGAAAAGUGGAGUAAAGCAUAUGAUGAUGGCCACAGAUACGGUAACAUGACUACUAAUAUGUCUGAACUCUUCAAUAGUGUUCUGAAGGGUGGGAGAUUUUUGCCUAUUACAGCACUGGUUCAGCUGACAUUUUACAGGUGCAACAAAUAUUUUGUUAAGAGGAGGAUUGAAGCAGAAGAAUUUAGAUUACGAGGGAUUGAUUUGCCACCGCAAGUUUUUGGACAUAUUAGUUGUGAGACUGCGAAGUCGAAGCGGGAACAAGUCCGAAUGUUCAACCAUAAUCCUCCUACAUUUCAGCCAUCUUCUAUCGUGUUGUUCAGCUAA